AUGUUUAGCAUCCCUUGCAUGAUAGGUAACACUAGGUUCAAAAAGGCCAUGUUAAACUCAGGAGCUUCUAUUAAUGUCAUGCUAUACUAUGUAUACGCUUCUUUAGAACUUGGACCUUUGAAUGAAACUGGUGUCAUAAUUCAACUAGCUGAUAAAUCUAAUGCCAAUCCUAACGGUGUAGUUGAGGAUGUUCUCGUGAAAAUUAAUGAUUUAGUUUUUCCCGCUGACUUCUAUGUGCUUGAUAUGAGAUAUAGUAAUCAAACUAUCCCCAUUCUACUAGGAAUACCAUUCUUAAGGACAUCCAAAACUAAAAUUAAUUUUUAUAGUGGUAUGCUUACUAUGGAAUUUGAUUAUAAAAUCAAUGAAUUUAACAUUUAUGAUGCCAUGAAAUAUCCUGAUGAAACUAACCCUGUUUAUUCUAUUAAAGAAAUCAUUGUGGCAUUGAAUGCUUCUCCAAAGUCAGGUAAAAGUUCACAUAUUGUUUUGCCAAUUGCUAACGAGAGGCCUUUCUAUGCAGGUUUCCAAAUGGAUGAAGUGAGAACAUGGGACCUUGGGAACCCAAUUGAUUCCUGUUGA